AUGCAGCGCCCAAUUAAAGGAAUUCAAGCCGGUGGCGACCCCAGCCCCGAUAUUCACCAUUUCCGCCAGGAUAUCGUGUCCUUUCUCAAAGCCCACCCCGUGGGUUCGGAGAAUAUGGGACCUCCUCCCGCUGCCCAGCCGGCCAUUGUGAAGCUUGUCAAGAGUAGACCCGCGAAUGAGGUCCCUCCCACUGUCUAUAACUUGCAGUGGGCUACACCUCCAAACAACUGUGCGGCGGCAUACUGUGUUGGCUACCAGUCUAUCAGCCUGCAGGGGCGCAAUGUCCCGUUCGUCGACAUUCCGACCGUUCCGGGCGCGGACCUCCUCUUUACCGGCGAGCUGGUCGGUUGCUCGCUGGUUGUUGUUGGCCGGAGCGAUGGUAUACGUGUCUACCAUGACUCUCGCUACUGUAGCUCCGUUUUGUAUGAUAAUGUCCGCAUGGCCGUCGACUAUUGCGACUAUGCGGAGGAAUACAACGACCCCACGCGUCGCAAGAUUGCUGCAGCCACCACAUGCAUGCAGUACAAGAAUGGAUCCUGGGCGCUGUAUGCGCAAUGCCUGACGGAGAACACGGAGGAUGCGAGGAAUCUUUCUCCGAGUCAGAUCCCGGAGAGUAAGCGGGUGCUGCGAUAUCGUAGCAACGGCUGUUUGAUUACAAAGACUCGGUAUGCGGGGCCGAAUAUUGCACAGGAGCGAGAAAAUCUCUAUCAGCUCCUGAAAAGGGUCGCUGUUGAGCAUCUUGGAGAAGGGAAGAUCCCCACUACGCAAGACGGCCAGUUCAAGGAUUUUGAUCCGAACGGGCCUCCGAGCAUGAGUAACCCGGCAGUUGCUCGCACCGAGGCGCUGCGCAAAGCCAUAGUCGACCACAAUUUGGAAGGCCAGAUUAAACAAAAGCUGGAUUCGAUAUUCGAGGAGUCGAAAAUGCACCCUCGUCCAGCUGACCCUAAUCUGGAUUUGCACAAGCAAUGGGAACGGCAGGAUUUAGCCUUUCACGAAUUUCUCAAGGCGAUGAGCGACAGUAAAAGCACCGACGCCACCUUCCUUUGGCUGAAGAUGAAAGAGAGUCAAGGUCUACAGGCUGUCGUUGGACCAUGA